AUGGCUAUGCAGCUUGGUGGGACUGUUCCGCAUGUUCCUGACCACCCGGACCUUGACCUCGAGGACAGCCCGCGGAAGCGACCAGGGGAGCAGUCGAAGCAGGCUGGGGCUCCGAAUAAAGUCAAGCGCUCCCCGCCGCUUGCGAAGGGCCCGGGGGUGGGGACUGACGGGAGUGAUGGAACGAGCCUGGCUAAUGUGACUCUGGGUGAUCUCCGCAGCCUUCUUGAGGAACAGUCACAGAAAAUUCUGGCGGCCAAUCGCGAUCAUGCUGAAGGGCUCGUCCGCUCCUUGGAGGAGCGCCACGAUGCUAGGCUGACCGAGGUGGAAUCCAGCACGCGCACCUUGUCGGGGUCAGUGGAGUCCAUGCAGAGCCGGCUGGAGAGGAUGGAGCAGUUGCUCAAAGGGGGGACUCAUGUUCUCGGUGACGAGCGGCGUAAGCAGACGCUAGUGUUUGGAGGAUGGGCCCGAGAUACCCGCAGGAAUGUGAUUGUCCGAGAGAUGACGGAGGCGCUCACCCGACUGGGUCUGACCACUCAGGUGGACGAGGAGGUUUUUACCACAGGCCCGCGGAGAAGCAUCGCGCUCUUGAACAUGCCCUUGCGGCUGCAUGAACAGGAGUCUUCCAGGAAGGCACGAAUGCACCGAGUUCUCCUUGCGGUCAACGGGGCUGAAGCGGUCACCUCGUCGGGCAAACGGCUCUGGUGCUCUUAUUCUAAGUCGAAGCAGGAGCGGGAGACCGGGGCGCACUGUGCCUGGGUGAAAAGAUCCCUUGGUUCGGUUUCGGACGACCUCGCGGCGGCGGUGGAUGUGGAGUACGCCACGGGCUCGGUGUGGAUGGGGGACAGCCUUGUGGCCAGCGUCAGCCGACAGCCCAACACAGGAGCGAAAUCUCAUGAGAUGAUGGUGGACUCCAAUGCGGAGACAUGUAAGCCAUGGGUGGAUCUCGGCGCGUUCUCUAGGGAAUCGAAGCUAGGGGUUGACAAGCUCCGGGAGAUUCUGGUGGCUAAUAGGACGCCCGAAGACCGGAGUGUCCUCAAAGGGGACCUUCUGCUUUUGCAGGAGCUGCCGCGAGAAAGCCAGUGGAGGGGCACGGGUCUCCUCUUCUGCAAGGAUGAGUGGUCGGUCCUCCGCAAACGUCCGGCCGGCAAAGGUACGUGGUUCAAGCUUCGUCGGCUAAAGGUGGACCUUUUCGUGUCUCAGGCCCCAAAAGAACCGGACAGGCUCGUGGUGCAAGGGGAUGCAAAAGCACUUAUUCUUCUGGAUCGGUUUGCGAGGCAGGAGGGCAGACAAGGGCGGCAGAUUGACACGGUGGGGGCGAGGCGCCUUCGAACAGAGGGGGUCACCAUCUUUCGGGACUCCUACCUGACACUGGGAACAGACCAUGAGUUGCUAUGUUCCAGCUUCCGGAUUGUGCAGGGCAAAGGGGUGACGCGCUUUCAGACUAAGCCCAGGGUGUGGACAGGAGGGCCUCCGACAUUGGAGUACGUGGACCAAACCGUCCUGGAGAACUUGGCGGCUAAGUGUACCCGCCCUCAACCCAGCCAUGCCUACCGUGACCCGCAAGCAGUGAAGGACCUUUUCCGGGCCGCCAAAAGCUCUAAGACCAGGAACGCUUGGAAGACUGCGCUGGCAUCUCGCAAGGCGGCCAGGCAACAGUGGGAGCGACAGAGGGAGUCACGGGCGCUGCAAGGGGACUGGAAGGCCUUUCAACAAAGCAAGGUUCAGGCGAAGCAGGGAUGGGAAAUUGACUUUGCUGAUAGGCAGAGCCGAGACCCGCAUGAUGUUGUGCACGAUCACCUCAGCGGUAUCUACAAAGGGCAAGGGAGUGACAUACAGCCGGUCUAUGACACUAGCCAGGAGGUGACAGCCUUUACGGUUGAGGAACUUCAGACGGCACUGGGGCAGCUCAAAGGGUCUAAGUCGGUUGGUCGUGACCUUACAUCCAAAGAGCUCUUAAUGGGCAUUGUCAACACGGACGGGGGACAACAGCAUCUACUGGAGUUCAUGAACCGUACACUGGCUACUCAGCGCAUUCCGGCCGAAUGGAAUAGGCACUGCAUGCCGUAUGUGAGCCACGCCCAAUGUGCUGGAGGGCAGCGGCAGCCGUCAGAUGUCAUCUUCGCCAUCUGGCGACUCUUGCAGUUGGAGAGAGAGUGGAAGGCCGGAGUGGUCAUUGCACAGAUUGACAUCAGGAAGGCUUUUGAUACCUUGUGUCGUCGUCGCUUGCUACAGAAACUCCGUGCAGUUCUCGGUAACACGCCUGAGUACCGUUGCCUCCAUAAUCUGCUCUGCGGGACGGAAGCUACGCUUCAGACGGUGUGGGGGUCCUCGACUUUUGGUAUGUUUACUGGAAUCAAACAAGGAGCCACGGAAUCGCCGCUUCUCUUCUCCUUUAUAAUGGAGCACGCACUGCUCGAAACCAGUCUCCGCUGUGGAUGGCAACACAGACCUAGGCUUUACCCAGAAUUGGAGUGUGAGGAUUCCUUGUUUAUGGACGAUGGCUUGCUUUGGGGGAGGGAUGUUGCUUCGCUGGCG